AUGUGCCUGUGUGCGGAGGGGAAACAGGAAGUUGGUAUGUGAACUUAACACUUCUACACAGUGUCACUCUGCAGAACACCCACCACGGAAGAAGAAGGACAGUGCCAGAGAAAGACGACACAAUGACACCAUGAACACGAGAGCACGGUGGUGAACGCCAGCACGGAGCGAGAGAGGAUCCACACGCAGUGGUACACCGAUGGAGAUGUGGAGGCAGUGUGCCACCUGGCUGGUUGAAUGCAGAGUUCUCCCUGAGAGCCAUAGAGCGACCUGGGAGGGAGCCCAGGUCUGUGAGUUGGCUCAGGCACUACGAGAUGGGGUGCUGUUGUGCCAACUUCUCAACAAUCUGCUGCCCCAUUCGGUCAACCUGAAGGAAAUCAACCUUCGGCCUCUGAUGUCCCAGUUCCUGUGCCUGAAGAACAUUCGUACAUUUCUCGGGGCUUGUCAAGAAAAAUUCAAUCUGAGGAAGAGUGAGCUUUUUGAGGCCUUCGACCUGUUUGAUGUCCGCAACUUUGCCAAGGUGCUGGAUACAUUGUCCCUUCUCUCACGCUCCUUCAUUGCCAUUCAGAAAGGAUACCAGCCAUUUCCUCACCAUGGCUGUACCGCUGAUGAUGACACGUACAGCAGCUUGUCCGACCAGAUAGAUGAUACGGCGGAAGAGGAUGACGACCUCUAUGACUUUGUUGAGGACGACGACAAUGAGGGGGAUGAGAUCUAUGAAGACCUCAUGAGGACAGAACAGGUUCCUGAGGCGAAAGUAGACAAGAGAGAAUGCUGUCUGCAGGAAAUCAGACAGACAGAGGAGAAGUACUCAGCUACGUUGCAGUCAAUAUUACUGCACUUCGUGAAACCCCUCCAGAAGUUUCUACAGCCUCAAGACAUAGAGAGUAUCUUCAUUAAUAUGCCGGCUCUAGCUCAGACCCAUUCCAGCUUACUGCUGGAACUCCAAAUCUCUAUUCAGCAUCAUGGAGCUGAAAACCUCUAUCAGAUCUUCAUCAACUAUAAAGAGAGGUUGUUACUGUAUGGCCGGUACUGCAGUCUGGUGGAGUCUGCAUCAAAGCAUCUGGAGAAGAUCUCUUCCACCAGGGAAGACGUCAAGAUGAAACUAGAGGAGUGUUCCAAAAGAGCAAACAGUGGGCGUUUUUCUCUGAGAGAUCUACUCAUGGUUCCCAUACAGAGGGUUCUAAAAUAUCAUCUACUGCUACAGGAGCUGGUGAAGCACACCCCUGACCCCACGGCCAAGGACAAUCUGCGUGCGGCACUGGACGCCAUGAAAGACCUGGCUCAAAGCGUGAACGAGGUGAAACGAGACAAUGACAUCAUCAGACAGAUCACCACCUUCCAGUUGUCUAUAGAUAACAUGACGCAGUCUCUAGCGCUGUUCGGUCGGCCUAAGAUUGAUGGAGAGCUGAAGAUCUGCAGUACAGAAAAAAAGUCUAAACAGGACAGGUACGCGUUCCUCUUCGACAAGGCCAUGUUCGUGUGCAAGAAGAAGAGCGGUGACAUGUUUGAGCUGAAGGAGAUCAUUGAGCUACAAAACUACCAGCUGCGAGACGAGGCCUCAGGGGAAAAGGACAACAAGAAGUGGUCCCACGUGUUCCUCCUGCUGGAGUCGUUUGGGAAGUGUGGCUACGAUCUGUUCUUCAAAACCAAGGAGCUGAAGAAGAAGUGGCUGGAGCAGUUUGAGAUGGCCCUGUCCAACAUGUGUCCAGAGAACUGCAACUCAAACAACCAUGACUUCCAAAUGCACUGCUUUGAAGAAACAGCAUCUUGCAACGCCUGCUCAAUGCUACUGAGAGGGAUAUUCUUCCAGGGGUAUUGCUGCAGCCACUGUAAAAUGGCUGCUCACAAAGAAUGCCUAGGCAGAGUGCCCGUCUGUGGACGUAGAACAGAUCAUCCAGUUUCCACACGGAAGAAGACACAGAGGACCUCCCCUAAUGCACACGUCAAUAUGGGACUUCCUAAAGUGGAGGUCAUCCAGGAUUAUUGCGGUAUGCCACCAGCCCCUGCGGGUUUUGGCCAACAACUUCACCUCACCAAGGGGGAUGUGCUUGAGCUGAAAAAGGCUGAUGUGGACUUUACUUGGUGGGAGGGAAGGAAUGUGACCACUGGUCAAAUGGGCUGGUUUCCAAGCAAAAAGGUUCAUCCUUUUUCCUCAAGGCCCACGCCAAAACUGACAGGCUUCCCCUGGUUUGCAGGGAACAUGGAUCGCACUGCGGCUAAAAACCUGUUGAGCGCUCGUUCCGACGGGACCUUUCUCGUCAGACAAAAAGACGCCGGAGAGUACGCGAUCAGCAUCAAGUUUGACCCUGAAAUAAGGCAUAUUAAAAUCACCUCCUUGGAAGGCCUGUUCCGAAUCAAUGAAAGAAAGGCCUUCAAGGGUUUGAUAGAAAUGAUUCAAUUUUAUGAGCAGAACUCUUUAAUUGAAUGCUUCAAAGACUUGGACACCACACUUUUAACACCCUACAAACAAGCUGAACCCACCAGCCCAGAGAAAAACCCACCUUUUCCAGGUGUCGACAACCAGCCAGUUGGUAUGGUCAGAGCCAGGUACGAUUUCUCAGCAAGGGACCGGAAAGAACUGUCGCUGCGUGAGGGAGACACCAUCAAAAUCAUCUCCAAGAAGGGCCCAAGUGGAUGGUGGAAAGGGGAGGUGUAUGGAAGGGUGGGGCUUUUCCCAGCCAAUUAUGUGGAUGAAGACCACUCAGAGUACUGCUGAGGUCAUCCGGGAUGACCUUAUACAUGUGAAUGCAGUUUUUUAUGUGCAUGUGGAAAGGUUCCCAAUGCUUCCUGGAGCUAUGAAUACAACUACUGUAAUUUAGUGUGCAUCAGAAUAAAAAUAAAUUGACUUA